AUGAGUGCAGACGAAGGCGGAGGGACGGCCCCGAUGCCGGUCACAAAUGGCGACCAGUCGCAAAAUACGCCCGAUCCAUCUGUCCUGGCGACUCCAGGCAAGCGAAAGCGUGUCGCGAGUCACGACGAGAAGGCCGCCCAAGACGCUGGCGCUUCUGCGACGCAAUCGCAGGAAAAGGCAAAAUUACAGGAGACGCUUCGCAAUCUGGUGGACAUUUUAAGCAAGAGUGAUGCCGAUUUGCAUCUUCUAUCCUGCCCAUUACCGUCGUCGCCGGCAAAACCACGUUCGAAACGCGCAAAGGUGUCCGGUGAUAAAGACGAGAGUUCGAGCAUUCAAGCACGGGUGGCGUCAGACCGAUACAGCAGUUUGUCGGAGUUUUUGAGCGAUAUUGAGAAGGCGUCGGCGGCAGUGAUAGAGCGGAACAAAGCUCAGGCAACGCCUGCUUCAGCUGACGGGUCGCCUCUGACAGAGACUGUCAACCGCAUCGCGGCGUUCAAGAAACUCCUGAAUAGCCUUGUUCGCCAGGCACAUGUGAGCCAGGCCAACAUCAAGACUGAAGCGUCGGAAGAAGACGGAGAAGCCCCGGCGAAGUCUACUCCGACUCAUGUUGAGACCCGUAAUGACAGCCUUGUGUUGACAUUGUUUGGGAACCCCGCAAAUCCAAAACAACUCUACUCAAGCUUGCAGAAGACUGUCAAGGUUCCACUACCUUCGGAUGACGCUAAUGCAGACAAAUUUGUGGAGGUGCAAGCGCCCUUGCGCGAAAUCGGUUUGCCCAACGGGAUCUCCACCACAAAGGUGCAGCCAUUUGAAGCAGAGACUGCCGUCAAAGAACAUAAGAGAACUUUCGGCGAUGUGUUCGCGCCUCGUGCAACACUGCCCCAGUUAGAGGCGCCUCGCAAAUCCAGAACUUCUACGCGCAAUGCUACCAACGGCUGGAUCGAUCCUUUCGAAGCCAUCACCGACUACAAGGCCUUCCUCGGGGAUCGCAAUAAUUACUGCCUUGCACCUCUCCCUUCUGGACAUUGGCUUCAGUAUGGUGGGGUCACUUCCUCUCCGUCUGUCUGGAGCCGUCGGCAGAAACAGCAUUCUUCUCAACAAGCGGGUGAGGACGUUCCAACCGAUGACCCUGCUCUGAGCAUCGACGAGGAUGCUGCCCUCUUGCAAGGAGUGUACUCCUCUUUUGCUCCUUCGUUCGAUAGCUCUGGAGCUGUGGAACAAGCCGACUCAAAAAAUUUGGUAUGGUGGAGCAAACGUGGAGCAAGGCGUUUGAACACACUUCUCUCGUUGCCGUACGUGGAAGAUGAACAGAAAGAUUCCACAUCAGUCCAGCCCGGAAGUAUCGGCGAUCUUGACGAGUCCACUCUCGAAGAGAUGGUGAAAACGUUCAACCCCGACGAUUUUGCGGACAACAUCGUGCAUACAGAUAAAUCCACGGAAAAGGACACUCAGGAGCGAGAAAUGGACGACGUAUUGCGCGAUGUCUCUGAUCUGCUAGAGACCCUCAGCUCCUACCAAAAGAUUCGGAGUUUGGAGACUACGGCUUCUAGCGGUCAAGGAACUGAGCCUAAGGAAACAACGCCCGAUGUCACAGGAGCAGACACUCCGUCGUCGGCAGAGCAGACUGUGUAUGAGACGCUCAAGUCAAGUCUAGCAGCUCUUGUCGCAACUCUGCCACCUUACGCUGUUGCCAAGUUGGACGGUGACCAGCUGGCCGAGCUGAACAUUAGCCAAACGAUCCUGAUCGAGAAUCCUGAGUAUCAGGGCACAAUGGAGAAGGACGACUAUGCUUUGCAGCAGGAGCGUGCCGCUGCCCUGGCUGCCACCAGUGGUGCAAAUAGAACUUCAACUCCUUCACGUUCCGGUAGCUUCCAGGCGCAGUUCAACCAACGAUCAUUCACGGCCAACGCGCGAACGCAGCCUCAGACUUUCCAAUCGCCACAACCUUACUAUGGGGCAAGGCAGAGCUCCACGCCAGCGCCAUACACUCCUGGUCAUCCCCAGCAAUUCGCUGGAGCCCGCCCUCCGUCAACGCCGCAGCAGCGACCGGGCUACUUCCCUGGAUACGCGCAGCAGCCCACCCCGCAGUACAAUCAGUACCAACGUCCUGGCCAAAACGGCUACCACCCUUACCCGGGACAACAGGGCCCUCCCGCCGCGGGUCAGGGAUCUCCACAGCCCUACACACCGCGUCCCGGACAACCUGCGCCCUAUAACGCGCCCUAUACAGCCGGACGUAGCGCAUCCCCACAGAAACCUCCCUCUUACGCUACCCCCCGAGGCUCCUUCGGUCCUCCAGGCUCAGCCAACCCACAACAACGGUUUGUGCCGCAACAACAACAACCAGGCCAGCAGCCCCCUCCAUACGGAAACUACCCCUCUAACCAAGCCCCACCGCCAUCGGGAGGUUACUCCAACUCAGCUGCGGCCAUGACCUAUGCCCGGAGCGCUGCCGAGCAAGCCAUUAUGAUGGAGAGGAACAAAGUGCAAUUAGCAGCAGCAGCUCAAAACCGACCCAGUUCAGCGACACCACAGCCAUCAGGCGAAGCCUCCCAAGAACGAAGUGCAACGCCAGGAAGCAAGCAGAACGGCACGCCUGCACCAUGA